AUGUCCCGCCUUAGCCAUAAAACCACUCUCAACAGCCUUCUUCGUGGUACCCAUGUCUAUGUCCCUCCACCACCGCCUAAACCGCAGCCCUCACCAGAAUACGUCGCUCUUAUGGAGAAGCUGCGGAGAGAACAGGAACAGCGCGAUUAUGCCUCCCUCGUAUCCAGUUCCGUCUCCCUCAACACCGAGGGAGAAGAUGAAGAUGACGAUGUCUCUCCUUCGCUAGUCCUCAACAUCUUCCUGAGCAUAGUCCUCUGCGCCGCUGCAAUAUUCUACUUGACGCGAUGGUGGGCUAAUGAUGGUCUACGGGUGCUCUUGUCUCUAGCAACAGGGAUUGUAGUGGGUGUCGCUGAAGUUGGCGUAUAUGCUGCAUAUCUAAGAAAAGUCAAGAUGAGUAAGGACAGGGAGAGAAGAAAGAAAGAGCGCAAGGUAGUUCUGGGGGAGUAUACUGGUACAGAAACAGGAGGAAUAGCCCUGGAUGCACAAGGGACACCUGUCUCUGUCGAUGUGAAUGCGAUCAUGGAAAAGGAAGAGAUAUGGGGGAAGGGAGUUAAUGGCGGGAUGAGGCGGCGCGUGAGAGAGAAAUGGCAGAAAGACCAAGAGAAGGUCAAAACAUGA